CAGGACUAUAGUUUAUCUGGGUGCCAGAAGAGAUUGUUAGAGAGACGGAGAAGAAGGAGAAGGAGAAGGAGAAGGAGAUCUAUCUCUUCGCCGCCGCAGCAGGAAUUCAGCUCCGCCGCGUCUCUUCCGCCGGAAUGUUCAAUUACCCGGCGGAAGAAUAAUAAGGAAAUUUGAAGAAUCCAGAAUCCUGAAAAGGCGAUAAUUACAAUGACGCCGCGGCAGGACGACUCCAAGGAAGACGAAAAAGACGGCGAAUCCAACCGGCUGCUACCAUCGGCGGCGUCUCCUUCAUCGGACGGGGAAGAAUCCGAGGAGGCCGCGUACGAGGCGCGGGACAAAAUCGCGAUUGUAGAUGUGGACGAAAUCCCCGGAUCGGCCGACGGGCUGCCCUUGGAUUACGUCCCGCCAUUCUCGUGGAAGAAGCUCUGGAUGUUCACAGGCCCGGGGUUUCUGAUGAGCAUAGCGUUUCUAGAUCCGGGCAAUUUAGAAGGGGAUCUCCAGGCGGGCGCGAUUGCCGGCUACUCGCUUCUGUGGCUGCUGAUGUGGGCCACCGCCAUGGGCCUGCUCAUCCAGCUGCUAUCGGCUCGGCUCGGGGUCGCCACCGGGCGGCACCUGGCGGAGCUCUGCCGCGACGAGUACCCUGAUUGGGCUAGGUUGAUACUCUGGUUCAUGGCGGAGGUGGCCCUGAUUGGCGCCGAUAUUCAGGAGGUCAUAGGUAGUGCUAUAGCGAUUCAGAUUUUGAGCCGUGGGGUUUUGCCUCUCUGGGCUGGAGUUUUGAUCACUGCUUCGGAUUGUUUCAUGUUCUUGUUUCUAGAGAAUUAUGGAGUUAGAAAGCUCGAGGCUGUAUUUGCAAUUCUGAUUGCUACCAUGGGUUCAUCAUUUGCUUGGAUGUUUGGAGAUGCUAAACCGAAUGGGAAAGAACUUCUACUGGGUCUUUUGAUACCGAGGCUUAGUUCGAGGACAAUUAGGCAAGCUGUUGGAGUUGUGGGUUGUGUUAUAAUGCCUCACAAUGUCUUCUUGCAUUCUGCUUUGGUACAGUCAAGGAAGAUUGAUCCUAAGAAGACGGGCAGAGUUCAAGAGGCAUUGAAUUACUACAACAUCGAAUCAUCAAUUGCUCUUCUGGUGUCUUUCGUGAUCAAUCUGUUUGUCACGACUGUAUUCGCCAAGGGGUUCUAUGGCACCAAACAGGCCAACAGCAUAGGGCUGGUGAAUGCCGGGCAGUAUCUCGAAGAGAAGUAUGGCGGGGGAGUUUUCCCGAUUCUUUACAUUUGGGGUAUUGGGUUAUUGGCGGCUGGACAGAGCAGUACAAUAACUGGCACAUAUGCUGGCCAGUUUAUAAUGGGAGGCUUCCUUAACCUUCGUUUGAAGAAAUGGCUAAGGGCGCUGAUAACGCGAAGCUUUGCUAUUGGACCUACCAUAAUAGUUGCCCUGGUGUUCAAUAAAUCAGAAGCCUCUUUAGAUGUUUUGAAUGAAUGGUUGAAUGUGCUUCAGUCGAUGCAAAUUCCAUUUGCUCUUAUCCCUCUUCUUACCUUGGUGGCUAAGGAGCAGGUCAUGGGGGUCUUCAAAGUCGGCCCUGUUAUAGAGAGGAUGGCAUGGGCGGUAGCUGUAGUGGUGAUGUUGAUCAAUGGGUAUCUCAUGAUCGAUUUCUUUGUAUCUGAAGUAAAGGGCUUGCUGUUCGGGCUUCUGGCAUGCAGUGGAACAGUUGCAUACUUGUCAUUCAUCAUUUACCUUGCUUCACAUGGUGGAGUUUUUGCCUCCAGGUCUCCGUCAUAUGGGGUAGAACUGUCAAAGCAGAAUUCGAUAGAUGGGAAUUAACUUCGCAUCGAUGAUAUGCUUCGCCAAAAGCUCUCUCUCUGUCCAUACUAAACACACGCUGUUGGAGAUCGAUUUUGAAAAACCCUACUAACCUCAGGUGCAUAUAAAUAACAGGACAGUAAUACCCAGAUUGAGUUUUAUUAUAUCCCUCAGCGGUUGGCUAUACGAAGCAAGAAGAGGUUGGAACAGCAGCUGCUGACAUGUAUGCAAAUUUAGAACUGUGUUCAUUGUUCUUUAAUGUAUGGGUGGCUUGUAGAAUAUGCAAACUCUCUUAACUGUAAAAAUUUUGUGUUCAAGGACUGACAUUUUUCAGCAGGAGCUGAAAUGGGGUUUGGCGAUAUCUUUGUCGAUCUGCAGAGUCACAGAUGAACUGUUUUUAUGAGUUUCUCUGAGUUAUUUUGAUUGUGAGCACAUCUGCUGGCAGGCAUAUUUGUGUACAUAGAAUUCAGUUCUUUUGAAUGAAUAGGCAGAACCAGGCGAUUAAGCACAACUUAUAAUGUUUAAAUAUUGAAUUUCUGAGAUCACACUCGAACUCUUGGUUACCUGCUAAUAAGGUUGAAAUUUCACUCAAAAUCUCAGAACUUUUGUAUACUACAAGAAUUGGGAUUGAAAUAUUUUUAUGCAUGAAAGCAAGAUAAUUGUGAUAGAGACUGAAAAGUUUUGAAAAAAACCCCGAAAACUUUUAUGGUUUUAUGCAUUGACAGGUUAUGUAAUUUUAGAGUGGUUUGGUUUUUUUAUUUUUAUUGUUUUAAUGGGAUUUUCACAAUACUUGUAUUUUUUAG